AUCCUUACCACACCAACCACCAUCCCCCAACUGAACCGCUCUCCCCAGAUCGAGCACCAAUUUGGCUGCCUCACCUCACCCCCGUCCAUCCAGGCUCGAGCCACUGCUGUGACUAUUCCCGCUACUCGCUCAACCUAGGCUUUAUUCCGUACUUUCUAUGAAACCCGUCUAGCACGACACAGCAGAGUAGAAAGAGGCAACAGGCUUGAGUUAUAGCGAAGACUAACCGACAAUCUUACUCUUAUUCCAGCAAGCAUCGCUACUAUUUAACUACAGUGUUCGGUUUCUAGCGAAAGUUUCAUAGUUUCGUCAGUCUCGAAGUGUCGUCUAUUCCCUCGCGCUCGCGACAUUGCCGUGCUUUUAAAGACCGCGGUCAAUCGUCAAGUCGCAACCAUGUCCACGCGGCUCGUGCUGCUGCUAGCGAGCGUCUCGCUUCUCGUUCUUCUCUCGAGUGUCGCGCAAGUAGAGGCGAAAACAUUUAUCGUCGGCGGUAGCAUGACCUGGAACCCAUGGAGCACGAGGACGAGGAAAUGGAAGGGCCCCAACAAAGUUAGAAAAGGCGACACCCUAGUGUUCAAGUGGCGGCAGAAGUCGAAUGUGAUUGCGCAAGAGGACGGUAUGAACCCCUUUGCAGCCUACUUCUACUACAAGUGCUCCUGGGACACUGCAGACCUCACCCUGCACACCGUCGUCUCAGAACCCAAGUCCUCGGGAUCCGUCAAGUUCACCAUCCCCAAGGAUGCAGUGGGCAUGCACUACUUUUUCUACAGUAAUGUUGGCAACUCCUGCAAGAAAGGCCAGAAGUACGAAACGCCGAUUAUCUUUUGAGAGGGGUGCGUGGGAGGGGCCGCGAGCAGACGUAUGGAAUUCUUGCUGCUCGACUUGGACUCGUGAGCUGGUAGGAGGCAUGCCUGCCUGACCGGACAGAAGUGGUUGGUGUGCAGUGCAGCGUAUUAUAUCUGAGCGUCUGUAUGAUUCUGAUGGUGUACUAUCUCUAGGUAGGUGAUAUUCUGAUUCCUGAGAUCGCGAGAAGCCGUUUCAGGAAUCAGGAUGCUUAGGUGGAGGGCUGGAGGUGGCAAUGCUAGGGAAAGUUGUUUGAGUGGGUGGGUGGAUUGUGCAUGCAAGUUUGAUUAUGGAUUGUGAAAGCUUGCUUAGGUUAGGUCCUCUUGUCAAGGCUCUGUGCUUCAUUUCAUCUGGGCACUGCUUUAUUUAAUCUAAGCAACAUACAUGGU